GAAAGAAAAAAUUACGUUUAAAAUAAAAGAACAACUUAUAAAAACCUACUGAAUCUUGUUCAUUAAAAAGGAAAUGUUGCUUUUUUCUUAAUUAUUUUAAUGUAAUUUGUUCACGGCAAGAAUUUGUUGUGAAUAAACGUUAACUGCUUAGUAACACUGUCAUAAUCCUUAUAUAUUUAACAACAUUGUCGUAUAGAAAAUCCCAAAAUGUCUUCUGUGAAAUUGAACCCGGCAUUAAAAGAACUUCGCCUACAUUUAUGUCCACAAAGUGCAACUAGCGAGGGCGUAAGGAAAUUUAUUCAAGAAUACUAUGUGAAAAUAAAAACGGAUAAUCCGAAACUUCCAAUUCUAAUAAGAGAAUGUUCUUUUGUAAUACCAAAGAUGUGGGCAAGACUUUCUAAAGGAAAAGAAGUGUGUGUAAAUCUUGAAGGCAUGAAAUCAGAUGAUAUAAUGAAGACUAUUGUAAAUUUUUCUGAGAAAAAGUGUUAAGAUAUUAGAGAAUAUGUAAUUGAUUUUCCGUUUAAAUUAAUUUUAAAAAUAAACACAUUAUAAAGACGUAAUGUAUUUAAAAAGACCAAUAACGCUA